CCCACCUCUCGCUCGCCCACUGUCGCUCAGUUGCCUGUGGAGCUUGUUCGGAGAGAGACUGUGGAAGAGUGCACUCGAAGAAAAACUGGAUUCACAAGAUGUAAUUAUUUUGAUUACGACAUCAUAUAUGAAAAGGAGAGUGUUGAUAAUCAGUCAUACAUAAAAAAUAACAAAAACAUGUGCCCCAUAAUAUUAGAGGAAUUCAGAUAUUUGGCCACCGAGUUAAUUUGAACAUCACAACUGAUAUGAAAUCAUACAGUUUAAUAAGCUAAACACAAUGUUGCAAAGUGACUCAAAGAUGUUAACGACAGUGAUAACAGGUUUGGUGAUUUUCACCGUUGGACAAGCCUCGCCUCCUUUACUGGUAGCGCAAGUCUCUGACGUAUCAGUCCCUAAUGUCACAUCAGUACGGUUAACAACCCAGGAUGUACUCCCUACAACACCAGGGUUUUAUGCAUCCAGUGUUGAAGACUCGGUCUCACUGAAUGAAGCUAAUCACGCUGAUGUGAUUCCCGUCGUCCCUCUUUCGUCAGACGGAAUCUCUUCUGAAGAACCCGCGUGGGUCACGACUGACCCGCCCCGCCUGGGGGAGUCAGCCGUCAACUUUUCAACCGAUGUGCCUGAUCUCAACUUCGGCACUCGUUCACCCUUCAUCUCCGAAGAUAUAAGUACGACUUGGGAUCCUGAUAUAACUACAGAUGUAGUUACGACUGUCAGUGAUGAGACAAGAGAUACCAUGACGAAGGAGGCAGUGGAAGGCGUCAGGAAGCGAGGGACAGUCGUCAACUGCUUCUGCGACGCCGACGAAGUUUAUGUCGAUGGCGUGUGUCAUCCAUAUCCUGAGGGAACUGUGGUCCACAUGCGGAAAGAAAAGAACAAUCCUAGAAUUGUCCUGAGACCCAUGGCAGAGAGGCAAGUGAUAAUAAAAGACCUGGAGUGCGACACAGAAAAUGGAGUCAUGAUGCUUAACUUCUCAAGAGGACAGUUUCGACUAAGAGACCGCGGUGACAUCGUGCUAUCGGAAGAAGCUGGGGAAUACGCCGGUCUCCGCAUCGAGCUUACUGCAUUAAUCACUCAUUGGAUGAAUAUAGAAAACUCACCUGACCGUAAAGGUCUGCGUGGACCCGCCAAAUAUACCACGAUGCUGCCCACAGGCCAAGCCAUGAAGGACAAUGUGUGUCGCCGCUGGAUCAAAUUAUAUGCUGACUUUUCCUUUACCGCCAAAUUGCCUAAGGCAAUGGACAGUAAUUCAAUGCCCACCCACCAAGCGAAUACAGGAGCUUACAAUGGAGCUCCUCCUCCGAAGACUCAGGAAGGCACAGAGAUCGGCCCUCCUACCCAAGGGUCAAAGCCCACAAGGCUUCCAGAGGUAGAAGAGUGCUGCGGGUCGAAAGUGGGGGCUGACUACGCCCUCUACUGUUUUCUGCACGUGACCUCAAGAUCAAAGUACUGA